CUGCACAAGACUUUCGGGUGUGAGUUUUUCAGUUUUUGGCUUUGAAAAAAUAAACCUGCCCUCGUAAAUUGUCUUGAAAAACCCAUAUACAUAUUCACUGGACUAGACCGUUCGAAUUUAGCUCGUGUUAUUACUAUCGUUAAACCUUAUCAGUAAACAAUUUUUAAUUACUGGUGACAGCACACCGGUAUUAUUCAUUCAUAAAUGUUUGUUUGAAUAAACAACUUUGUCAGAUUUAAAUUAAUCAUUAAUUAUGCCUGAUUUGUUGCAAAGGCUUAAAGACGUUGUGGCAAAUGAAAGAGCAAGUGGUUCAUAUGGAGAUCCACCUGCUGCAAUUGAGGAACUUUUCAAGACACUCAAUGAUAAGCCAGGUCCGACUGAAAAAGACGAGGCUGAGUCAGUGAAAGGUUUAUCCCAAGGUGGCUCGAGAGGUUUAGGCGGUCUUGGAGGACAACCCCCUUGGUUGAAGUUUGUGACACUCUUCGAAUUGUUCAUUGUCAUUAUUAUUUUAUCAGGAAUUAUCGGAUAUAAAUUGUACAAUGAUAGGGUGCAAAAGAAAAAGGCAGAGGAAAUUAAAAAAAUGAGGAAACUACAAAAGAAGAAGAAGAAGAUGUAUUAGAUUUGGUCAUAUAUUUUCAAGUAUUUGUUUUUUUUUUUAAAUCUAUUAUAACUAUUUACAAUGGA